GGGGGUCCGGACAUCUGCAUGGCGGAGGCGCUGCAUAGACUCGGCGGGGAAGGCGUGACGGCCAACGAGAAGAUGUUCUGUUCACUUGUGAUGACGGUGAAGGGUGGCGCUCAGAUAUUGACCAGGAGCGCAGUGAACCAGGGCGGCGCACUGGCCUGGCGGGCGCUGGCCAAGCGCAGCGAGCCAGCCACGUCUGUCAGGGCGCAUGGCAUCAUGGCGAGCGUGCCUAAUGUGAAGCAGUUCCCUGGGGCGGUGGCGGAGUUCGAGGCGGAGUCGGGGGAAGUGUUCAACGCAGGCGUGAAGAAGAGCACCUUCUUACAGAAGGCGCCGCGCAAUAUGCGAGCGGAGCUGCAGGUGCAGAGUGAGAGAUGCUACGACGAGCUGGUCAGCGCGACGAUUCAGCACUUGCAAGCCGCAGCGGUCUACGAGGGCGGCUACCAGCGCAGCCAGACUGCGCCGAGCGGCUCUGGCGCAGGAAGGUGCCGCGGCAGCGCAGCGAUGGGGAUGGGCGCGCUGACGAGGCGGCGCGGCUGCAAGGGCGACCAGAAAGGCAAGGGGAAAGGCAGGGGAGGUCAGUGGGGCAAAGGCAAAGGCUACGACGGUGAAGGCAGGGGCGCGAAGAGACAGGAAGGCGAUGGCAAGGGCAAUGAUAGCGCCGUGAGCGAGGUCACCAGCGACGGCUGGAUCCAGGUCGGCACGUCGGGGCCGGGCAGCCUUGCGCCCUCGGCGAUCGGACCCGCAGCGUGCCGGACUGGAGCUCAAGGACCGCGUCGGCCUGGAGUCCGAGCCAUCAUGCGUCAGGAGGCGACCUGCGAGAACAAGUGGGGGCGAGCGCGCGAGAGCGAGUGGGGGAGAGGAUGCAUCCUCGCGAUCACGACGACGGAGCACGGGAAGGUGCACGGCGCGUCUUCAGAGGGCGUCUGGAACACCCUGUGGACGUUGUUGGACAACUGCGCGGGCGAGCGCGCCAACGGUCGAGGCGACUUCCCACGCGCGCCGAUCGCGCCGAGUAAGAAUCCGAACCUGACGGUCGCUGACGGUUGCGCCCUACAGCCUUGCGGCUCGAAGACGGUGACGCCGCGCGUCGCGGGAAGCAGGAAUCUCACCAUGGAGUUCCACCUCGCGGGCGCGAAGCAGCCCGUCAUGGGCGCUGGGAAGCUCUGCGGCCGCGCCCCCGCCAGGGUGGCCUGGCGCGGCGGAAUGGGAGGACUGUCGAAGCACGAGGCGGCGGGCCUGGCCAAGCCGAUGAAGGUCAACAAAACCACUGCGCGCUGGAGUGCCGGGCGAAG